CUGCGCUCCAGCCCCUCCGGGCCGGGGCCGCUGGAUGCCGCGUCUCCGCUCCUGCUGCCUGCCGGGCGGGCUCCGGCGGCCGCAAGGUGGGGUACAGAGGCCGUCUGACAAACACCUGUAAUUCUCUGGGGGUACCACCCCUAGCCCAGCACCUUCACCAUGUUUCACCUAAUGAAGAAAGACAAGGACAAAGAUGGUGGGCGGAAGGAGAAGAAAGAGAAGAAGGAGAAAAAGGAGCGCAUGUCAGCAGCGGAGCUGAGGAGCCUGGAGGAGAUGAGCCUGCGCCGUGGCUUCUUCAACCUGAACCGUUCCUCCAAGCGCGAGUCCAAGACGCGCCUGGAGAUCUCCAACCCCAUCCCCAUCAAGGUGGCUAGUGGCUCCGACCUGCACCUCACCGACAUCGAUUCUGACAGCAAUCGCGGCAGCAUCAUCCUGGACUCGGGCCACCUCAGCACGGCCAGCUCGAGCGACGACCUCAAGGGAGAGGAGGGCAGCUUCCGGGGCUCUGUGCUGCAGCGGGCGGCCAAGUUUGGCUCACUGGCCAAGCAGAACUCACAGAUGAUUGCCAAGCGCUUCUCCUUUUCCCAGCGUAGUCGGGACGAGAGCGCGUCAGAAACCUCAACCCCCUCAGAGCACUCAGCUGCCCCUUCGCCUCAGGUAGAGGUGAGGACAAUAGAGGGACAGCUGAUGCAAUACCCCGGCCCAGGUAUCCCUCGGUCGGGGCUCCGGACUCGUGUCCCUGAACUGGUAACCAAAAAGUUUCCAGCUGACCUGCGCCUGCCGCCCGUGGUGCCUCCACCACCCCCCGCCAUCCGGGAGCUGGAGCUACAGCGCCGGCCCACUGGGGACUUCGGCUUCUCCUUACGGCGCACGACCAUGCUGGACCGGGGCCCGGAGGGCCAGGCCUACAGGCGCGUGGUUCACUUUGCUGAGCCUGGUGCCGGCACCAAGGACCUGGCCCUGGGGUUAGUGCCAGGAGAUCGCCUCGUGGAGAUUAAUGGGAACAACGUGGAGAACAAGUCCAGGGAUGAGAUUGUGGAGAUGAUCCGGCAGUCAGGGGACAGCGUGCGGCUCAAGGUGCAGCCCAUCCCAGAGCUCAGUGAGCUCAGCCGGAGCUGGCUGCGGAGCGGCGAGGGAGUGCGCAGGGAGCCAGCUGAUGUUAAAGAGGAGGACAAGACUCUGCCAAAGCCUGCCCCCCCUGGCAAGGAGGAAGGGGCUGCAAAGACGGAAGAGCAGAUUGCAGCUGAGGAGGCCUGGUGUGAGACAGAGAAGGUGUGGCUGGCCCAUAAGGACGGCUUCUCCCUGGCCACUCAGCUCAAAUCGGAGGAACUCAGCCUGCCCGAGGGGAAGGUGCGCGUGAAGCUAGACCAUGACGGAACAGUCCUGGACGUGGACGAAGAUGACAUAGAGAAGGCGAAUGCUCCCUCCUGCGACCGGCUGGAGGACCUGGCCUCAUUGGUGUACCUCAAUGAGUCCAGCGUGCUGCACACCCUGCGGCAGCGCUAUGGUGCCAGCCUGCAGCAUACCUAUGCCGGGCCCAGCCUGCUGGUCCUCAGCCCCCGCGGGGCCCCCGCUGUGUACUCCGAGAAGGUGAUGCACAUGUUCAAGGGGUGUCGGCGAGAGGACAUGGCACCCCACAUCUAUGCCGUGGCCCAGACUGCAUACAGGACAAUGCUGAUGAGCCGACAGGAUCAGUCCAUCAUCCUGCUGGGCAGCAGUGGCAGUGGCAAGACCACCAACUGCCAGCACCUGGUGCAGUACCUGGCCACCAUUGCGGGCAGCGGGAACAAGGUGUUUUCUGUGGAGAAGUGGCAGGCUCUGUUUACACUCCUGGAAGCCUUCGGGAACAGCCCCUCUGUCAUGAACAGCAAUGCCACGCGCUUCUCCCAGAUCCUCUCCCUGGAUUUUGACCAAGCUGGCCAGGUGGCCUCGGCCUCCAUCCAGACGAUGCUUCUGGAGAAGCUACGUGUGGCCCGACGCCCUGCCAGCGAGGCCACGUUCAAUGUCUUCUACUACCUGCUGGCCUGUGCGGACAGCACGCUCAGGACAGAGCUCCACCUGAACCACCUGGCAGAGAACAACGUGUUUGGAAUUGUACCCCUGGCCAAGCCAGAGGAGAAGCAAAAGGCAGCACAGCAGUUCAGUAAGCUGCAGACAGCCAUGAAGGUACUGGGCAUCUCGGCUGACGAACAGAAGGCCUGCUGGCUCAUCCUGGCUGCCAUCUACCACCUGGGAGCUGCUGGCGCCACCAAAGAAGCCACUGAAGCCGGACGCAAACAGUUUGCCCGCCACGAGUGGGCCCAGAAGGCCGCAUACCUGCUGGGCUGCGGCCUGGAGGAGCUGUCCUCAGCCAUCUUCAAGCACCAGCACAAGGGCAGCAGCCUGCAGCGCUCCACCUCCUUCCGCCAGGGCCCAGAGGAGAGCAGCCUGGGAGAUGGCACUGGCUCCAAGCUGAGUGCACUGGAGUGCUUGGAGGGCAUGGCGUCCGGCCUCUACAGCGAGCUCUUCACCCUCCUCGUCUCCCUGGUGAACAGGGCCCUCAAGUCCAGCCAGCACUCGCUGUGCUCUGUGAUGAUCGUGGACACACCAGGAUUCCAGAACCCCGAGCAGGGGGGCUCAGCCCGGGGGGCCUGCUUUGAGGAACUGUGUCACAACUACGCCCAGGACCGGCUACAUGGGCUCUUCCACGAGCGCACCUUCGUUCAGGAGCUGGAGAGAUAUAAAGAGGAGAACAUCGAGGUGGCGUUUGAUGACCCGGAGCCGACCACGGAUGACGCGGUGGCUGUUGUGGACCAGGCCUCCCAUCAGUCCCUGGUACGCUCACUGGCUCGCACGGACGAGGCCAGGGGCCUGCUAUGGCUGCUGGAAGAGGAGGCGCUGGUGCCAGGGGCCAAGGAAGACACCCUCCUGGAGCGCCUCUUCUCCUAUUAUGGCCCCCAGGAAGGCGACAAGAAAGGCCAAAGUCCCCUUCUGCGCAGCAACAAACCACACCAUUUCCUCCUGGGCCACGGCCGUGGCACAAACUGGGUGGAGUACAAUGUGGCUGGCUGGCUGGGCUACACCAAGCAGAACCCAGCCACCCAGAAUGCCCCCCGGCUCCUGCAGGACUCCCAAAAGAAGCUCAUCAGCAGCCUGUUCCUGGGCCGGGCGGGCGGCGCCAGCGUGCUGUCAGGUUCCAUCGCGGGGCUGGAGGGCGGCUCACAGCUGGCACUGCGCCGGGCCACCAGUGUGCGCAAGACCUUCACCACAGGCAUGGCCGCAAUCAAAAAGAAAUCCCUGUGCAUUCAGAUCAAGCUGCAGGUGGACGCCCUCAUUGAUACCAUCAAGAAGUCCAAGAUGCAUUUUGUGCAUUGCUUCCUGCCUGUGGCUGAGGGCUGGGCCGGGGAGCCCCGGUCAGCCUCAUCCCGCCGGGUCAGCAGCAGCAGUGAGCUGGAUCUGCCGCCGGGAGACCCCUGUGAGGCUGGGCCCCUGCAGCUUGACGUGCCCCUGCUGCGGGCCCAGCUCCGUGGCUCCCGUCUCCUAGACGCCAUGCGCAUGUACCGCCAAGGUUACCCUGACCACAUGGUGUUUUCUGAGUUCCGCCGUCGCUUUGAUGUCCUGGCCCCACACCUCACCAAGAAACAUGGCCGUAACUACAUCGUGGUGGACGAACGGCGGGCCGUGGAGGAGCUGCUAGAGUCCUUGGACCUGGAGAAGAGCAGCUGCUGCCCGGGGCUUAGCCGGGUGUUCUUCCGGGCAGGCACAUUGGCACGGCUGGAAGAGCAGCGGGAUGAACAGACCAGUAGGCAUCUGACCCUGUUUCAGGCAGCCUGCAGGGGCUACCUUGCCCGCCAGCACUUCAAGAAGAGAAAGAUCCAGGACCUGGCCAUCCGCUGUGUGCAGAAGAACAUCAAGAAGAACAGGGGAGUGAAGGACUGGCCCUGGUGGAAGCUCUUCACCACCGUGCGGCCCCUCAUUGAAGUGCAGCUGUCGGAGGAGCAGAUCCGGAGCAAGGACGAGGAGAUCCAGCAGCUGCGAGGGAAGCUUGAGAAGGUGGAGAAGGAGCGGAAUGAGCUGCGGCUCAACAGUGACCGGCUAGAGACCCGGAUCUCAGAGCUGACAUCGGAACUGACAGAUGAACGGAACACUGGGGAGUCCACCUCCCAGCUGCUGGACGCUGAGACUGCUGAGAGGCUCCGAGCGGAGAAGGAGAUGAAAGAACUGCAGGGCCAGUACGAUGCCCUGAAAAAGCAGAUGGAGGUGAUGGAAAUGGAGGUGAUGGAGGCCCGGCUCAUCCGGGCGGCCGAGCUCAAUGGUGAGGUAGACGACGAUGACACCGGUGGUGAGUGGCGGCUGAAGUAUGAGCGAGCAGUGCGAGAGGUGGACUUCACCAAGAAGCACCUGCAGCAGGAGUUUGAAGACAAGCUGGAGGUGGAGCAGCAAAGCAAAAGGCAGCUGGAGAGGCGGCUUGGGGACCUACAAGCCGACAGUGAUGAGAGCCAGCGGACCCUGCAGCAGCUGAAGAAGAAAUGCCAGCGGCUGACUGGGGAGCUGCAAGACACCAAGCUACACCUGGAGGGCCAGCAGGUCCGCAACCACGAGCUGGAGAAGAAACAGAGGAGGUUUGACAGCGAGCUCUCACAGGCACACGAGGAGGCUCAGCGGGAGAAGCUACAGCGGGAGAAGCUGCAGCGGGAGAAGGACAUGCUCUUAGCUGAGGCUUUCAGCCUGAAGCAGCAGCUGGAGGAAAAAGACAUGGACAUUGCAGGGUUUACCCAGAAGGUUGUUUCUCUAGAGGCUGAGCUCCAGGACAUUUCUUCCCAAGAAUCCAAGGAUGAGGCCUCUCUGGCCAAGGUCAAGAAACAGCUUCGAGACCUGGAGGCCAAGGUCAAAGAUCAGGAAGAGGAGCUAGAUGAGCAGGCGGGGACCAUCCAGAUGCUGGAACAGGCCAAGCUGCGUCUUGAGAUGGAGAUGGAGCGGAUGAGGCAGACACAUACCAAGGAGAUGGAGAGCCGGGAUGAGGAAGUGGAGGAGGCCCGGCAGUCCUGUCAAAAGAAGUUGAAGCAGAUGGAAGUGCAGCUGGAGGAGGAGUAUGAAGACAAGCAGAAGGUGCUGCGGGAUAAGCGGGAACUGGAGGGCAAGCUCACGGCACUUAACGAUCAGGUGAGCCGGCGAGAUGUUGAGUCAGAGAAGCGGCUGCGGAAAGACUUGAAGCGCACCAAGGCCCUGCUGGCUGAUGCACAGAUCAUGCUGGACCACCUGAAGAACAACGCGCCCAGCAAGCGGGAGAUCGCCCAGCUGAAGAACCAGCUGGAAGAGUCAGAGUUCACCUGUGCAGCAGCUGUCAAAGCGCGGAAAGCCAUGGAGGUGGAAAUUGAAGACCUGCACCUACAGAUUGAUGAUAUCGCCAAAGCCAAGACUGCGCUGGAGGAGCAGCUGAGCCGCCUGCAGCGUGAGAAGAAUGAGAUUCAGAACCGGCUGGAGGAGGAUCAGGAGGACAUGAACGAACUGAUGAAGAAGCACAAGGCGGCCGUGGCACAGGCCUCUCGGGACCUGGCUCAGAUGAAUGACCUCCAAGCUCAACUCGAAGAGUCCAACAAGGAGAAGCAAGAGCUGCAGGAGAAGCUACAAGCUCUCCAGAGCCAGGUGGAAUUCCUGGAGCAGUCCAUGGUGGACAAGUCCCUUGUGAGCAGGCAGGAAGCCAAGAUUCGGGAGCUGGAGACCCGCCUGGAGUUCGAAAGGACCCAAGUGAAACGGCUGGAGGGCCUGGCCAGCCGGCUCAAGGAGAACAUGGAGAAGCUGACCGAGGAGCGGGAUCAGCGCAUUGCAGCUGAAAACCGGGAGAAGGAGCAGAACAAGCGGCUUCAGCGGCAGCUCCGGGACACGAAGGAGGAGAUGGGCGAGCUUGCCAGGAAGGAGGCCGAGGCGAGCCGCAAGAAGCACGAACUGGAGAUGGACUUGGAGAGCCUGGAGGCAGCCAAUCAGAGCCUGCAGGCUGACCUGAAACUGGCAUUCAAGCGCAUCGGUGACCUGCAGGCUGCCAUUGAGGACGAGAUGGAGAGUGAUGAGAACGAGGACCUCAUCAACAGUGAGGGAGACUCGGAUGUGGACUCAGAGCUGGAGGACCGGGUCGAUGGGGUCAAGUCUUGGUUGUCAAAAAACAAAGGAUUGUCUAAGGCAGCCUCCGAUGAUGGCAGCUUGAAGAGCUCCAGCCCCACCGGCUACUGGAAGUCCCCUGCCCACGACCGGUCAGAUGAUGAGCCUGACCCUGUCGACAGCACCUCCAGAGCACAAUACUCCCAUAACUAUACCAGCGACAGCGACACAGAAGCCAAGCUGACGGAGACCCAUGCAUAGCCCAGGGGAGCAGUUUGCAGCCCAGGAGGUGGCAGUGAGGGGCAUCAGUCCCUACCCCCCAGCUGACUGCUGCUCUACACGGAACACGCUGACCCUCUUCAGCGUGGGAUGGCUCUCCACCAGGCUGUGGGUGUCUGACGUCACCACAUGGAAGAGGUGGGAGAGAGUUUCUGAAAAGAGAACCGUUGACUCCUCCCUGCCUCAAAGCUGCAGCGCCGCUGGCUUGCACCCUGGCCCAUGGCGCCGCCGUGGCAGGUGGCCUGGCGCCUCAUGGAGUUGGCCCGCUGACCUCCGGCUCGGGGCCUCCUGCUCAGGGACGGAGGACUGGGACAGUCUCAGUUGCCGGGUCCACCCGGAGGCGAGGGCGAGGGCUUUCUUUUCUCAGUGCCUGCUGUCUUUUUACUUUUUAAUUUAAAUCCCCAACCUCUCCAUAGCAGCUGCAUCCUCGGGAGUGGGAGGGGGCGACGGCAGCAGCUGGGCCUCCCCCACCCACCCACACCCAGGGAACCACCGGGGAAUCUCCUCUCCAGGCUUCACUCCUGGGAAGGCGGCUCCUUUCUCUGUGCAGCUGGAGAGGCUGCCAGGCAGAACCAGGAACUAGCAUCCAAGAAUCAGCUCGGGGAGAGCCCUCAGGUGCUUCUGGUUGGGGCCAAACGAGCCCCACACGCAGAGGGGAAGCAGUGCACCAGCCCCCCCCUCGCCCCUCCCCGCUUAGCAGUGUGUGAAGUGCAAUGACCUAUUUAAAAGAAAACCCAUUCCACCUAUGCGAACCAUGGGGCUUAGCACUGCCUCCCUCCCUGCCCCUGUCCGCUUAUAGCCUGGGCUGUAAGCUCCCCAUGAGAGGGAAGGUCUGGGGCUAAGGGCUGGUCAAGGGAGGAACUGAAGGGGGCUUAUUGGCCAGUGCAGAGGAGGACUGGAUAUGAAUUCCUGCCCUAUGACCUGAGCCUGCUUUGUUUUCUUUUUCCCAUCUCCCUGCCCCGACGUUCUCCUCCCAGACUGGACUACCUGCAGUCUGAAUGGCCCAGCCCCCACCCCAAAGGUAGUCCCACCAGCUCCUCCAGGGGCCCAAGGGCAGUGUCUGGUGCUGCUUCCAUCUGCUGUCUCCUUGUCUCUUGCAAUUGAUUUGGACUCCCUGGCCUGUGCUCUCUCCCCCUCUUCUCUGAGGUAUGGAAUAAAGGUCCUUUUCCUCCUGCUGA